AUGAAGCUUGGAGUGCUACAAGCAAUGAUUCUACUUGGGUGGAUGAUCUGUUCUUCGUCGAUAGAAAGCCAUAAGGUUGUCAAACUAAGAGGGUCUGAAGGAUGUAUACUGUUUCCGAUAAUUUUUUCUGGAACCAAUGCGAUUGCACUACCGACCACGAGGCUCAAGGAUGUUCGGAGGGGCGGAGACGAAGAGAUGUAUGUUAAAGAGUUUAUCGGUUGUAUUGGGGACAUGGUGCUGUCAUUUACUGCUUUUGAUAUAUGUUGUGAAGGGGACGGGGUGUUUGAGGCUGUGUUUGUAAGGGAGAUGAAGAAGCACCUGCAGAAGGUGUCGAAUGAUGCAUUGAGUGUAUAUGCAAGAGGAAAAAGCACUCUUAGCGAGGUGCUAUUGAUGGUGUACGAUAGAUUGUUUGAAUGCGAUGUUCGGGAUGAGGGAAAGAGAAGGAUGACGGUGUUUGGAAAGUGCCUUAUUUCUGAGGCUGAUAGAAUGAUUCGUGAGAUAGGCGAUGAUGUAGAUGAGAAGGAAAGGGAGGAGAGAGAGAAUUUUUGUAAUGUGAUCAAGAAACGUGGAGAGAAGUGUUGCAAUUUAAAGAUGUGGAAGCGUAUAGUUUAUGCUGAAAGUGUAGUGUGCAAUGCGUCUGUGAGUCUGUAUAAUAAGCUUUCUGGUGAGGAGCUUUUGGGGUUGUUGGCUGAAGGAUGCAUGAGAAAGGAUUUUAAGGAGGAAGGAGUUAGCGAGGAGGAGCUUAACGAUAGAGGAUAUAUGGAAUACAGUAUUGUUGACAUUAAAUUAUUUCUAGAUACAUAUAUUAAGCACGGGUGUGAAGUUGUGGAAGAGAUAGUUAGGCAGAUGAUGCUGGGGAAGGAUGGAAGGGAGAUAGAUUCUAAGUAUGUUGAAAA